AUGAGAGGCGAUGGCGGCGGCGGCGUUAGCGAUGGGGGCGCCUUCCUCGUCGUCGGGUCCCGGGGGGGCUCCGUCGCCGGGGCGGCUGGUGCUGGAGACCCUGGCGGGGCUGCUGAGGGGGGGCGCGCAGGCGGGGACCCCCCCGGAGACGCCCCGGGGCCUGGCCGGGCUGCUGCGCUGCGCCAGGGAGGCCGGUGGGGGCGCCCAGGCGUCGCCCACCCUGGGGGGUCUGGUCAGCCUCAGCAACACCCGCCUGGGCUCCAUCAAAACCCGGUUUGAGGGCCUCUGCCUCCUCUCCCUGCUGGUGACAGAGAGCUCCACCGAAGCCUUCAGCCAGAACUGCCUGGGGUGGCUGCGAAACCUUCAGCACCUCAUUCAGUCUCAGGAUCCGCCCCCCACGAUGGAGCUGGCCGUCCUCAUCCUCCGUGACCUGCUUGAGUAUUCCUGCCAGAUCCCUGAGCUGGCCCGAGACAUUGGCACCAACCACAUCCCAGGGCUGCUUACCUCCUUGCUGGCUCUCAAACCCGAGUGCCAGAUUGCCACCCUGGAAGGAAGCAAGGCCUGCAUGAUGUUUUACCCCAGGGCAUGUGGCUCUUUGCGGGGCAAACUGGCAGCCUAUUUCCUGGCUCGCGUGGAUGCAGAGACACCCCACCUACAGCAGCUGGCCUGCGACUGCUACGCCCUCCUGCCCUCCCUGGGCGCCGGCUUCACGCAGGGGCUCAAGUACACAGAGUGCUGGGGACAGCAGGCCCACUGCCUCCUGGCCACGCUGCACAGCCUGCUGGGAACGCUCUACGAGGGCGCCGAGACAGGUGCGUCUCCUCCUACUUUUAAGGUGGAUAUUGCUGUUACUUGGGGGGGGUACUGCAGCAGUGAGGGUCUCUUCCUUCUGCACGGAGGCCUGGCUGUCUGCAAUGCACUCCUGCACUCCCAGGGUGCCCUCCCUUGCAGCUCCCGCUGGCCGUCCCCGGGGGGUCCCCAAGCACCCCCUCCAGGCCCCUCGGAGCUUUCCCCCGCCCUGGCCUCACCCUUCCGCCCGGCGCCCCCCGCCCCCUUCUCUGCCCCCCGCCUCCUCCUUCCUCCCCCCGGCUCCUCGGCAGCCAACCCCCUGGGGCUGCCCCCACCGGGCCUGGCCUCGCCGGCCCAGCUGCCCCCCCGCCUGGCCCCCGAGGAGCCCUCCCUGCCCACAUCCCCCGGGGCGGCAGAGGCGGCUCUGGGCGCCAAGCUGCGCCGUUCGGUCUUCGUCCACUACGACAAAGAGGAGGAGGAGGAUGUGGAGAUCUCCCUGGAGAGUGACUCGGACGACUCAGUGGUCAUUGUGCCCAAGGGGCAGCUCAGCAAGGGCCCUGGGAGCGCCAUGUUAGUGGCGGCCACCCCAGCCCAGAUCCCCACCCCACCUGCUCCUCCGCCGGCCCCGCCUGCACCCCCUUCCCCCCCACCGGCCUCUGAGGAGACCCCUCCGGAGCCGCCUGCCCCACCCCUCUCCCUGGUUGUGCCCCUGCCCUCUGCCCCCGCCGCUGUCCUGGCGCUUCCAGCCUCCCCUUCCCCUGCAGCCCUAGACCCCCCAUUCUCCGCCUUGGUGGAGGAAGACCCCACCGUCAUCAACAUCAACAGCAGUGAGGAGGAAGAGGACGAUGAAGACGACUACCCGGAGGAUGAGGAAUACUUUGAAGAGGAUGAGGAUGAGGAGGAAGAAUACGACGAAGAGGACGAGGAGUUUGGGGAGGAUCUGGAGGAGGACGAGGACGAGGAGUUUGACGAGGAGGAAGGCCUGACGGAGGAGGAAGAGGAUGAGGAGGAAGGCCUGACAGAGGAGGAGGAGGAGGAAGAGGGGGAGGAGGAGGAGCGGAAGGUGCUGCCCCCACUGCCGCCCCACCGGAAUGACGAGGAGCCACCGGAGCUCUUGCCCAUCAAGGAUGAGCCCCCCAAGUUGGAGGAGGAGGAAGAGGACGGCGAGGAAGACGAAGAGGCGGCCGCCGGGCUCCUGAUGGAGGUGGACGAGGAAGCCUUCCACCCCCCAGAGGAAAUGGGAGAGGAGGAAGAGGAAGGAGGCCAGCCGGAGCGGGACCCGGGGGAGGCAGAAGGCCAGGCGUCUCCUUUGCGGACGGCUGAAGGGCAGCCCCCCCUCCCCAGUGCGGCCCCCCUGCCCUCUGUGAAGUUGGAGGAGGAGCAGGGCGAGAAGCAGCCCCUCGAGGAGGAGGAGGAGGAGGAGGGCCCUGCGGCUGCAGCUGCCCCCCAGACCACAUCUCCGCAGGGGCAGGAGGAAGAAGAGGAGGAGGAGGAAGUGGUGGUACACGAAGGGGGCCGGAGGGAGCCAGGAGGGGCGGCCCCCGAGGCUGCAGCGCUGCGGGGAGAAUCAGAGAAGCAGGAGCCACUGCCGGACGAGGAGCAGGGCACAGAAGUGGAUGAAACAGAAGCCAUGUUGGCUGACUUUGUGGACUGUCCCCCAGAUGAGGAGAAGGUGCCGUCCGAACCCAGUUCCUGAGGGGGUGCUGGAACCGCCGUGGUCCAUGGUGGUAGGCGAAAUGGGGGCUGAGAAGAGUGGCCCUGUGAUCCCUGAAACAGACGCUCCCCGCUGUGCGCAUCACUGCCUUCUGGAUUUAGAAGCCUCUAUUUUCUCUUUUUUAUGUGUUUGUGUUUUGGGGGGGAGGAAGGUUUUGCAUUUGUUUUUUUAAAAUACAAAAGACGUUCAAUAAAAUUUCUUUAUACUGUA